ACACACCACAUCGGAAACUUACUUCACAAAUCUGGAAAAGGGACCAUCCGAGGAGCAAUUGAAUGCAGCAUCAUCCCCAGUUCACGUGACGCAUACUUUAGUCAUGGCCGACGACUACAGGCGACAAGGUUUUGAGUUGGAGAGAAGGAUAUUUGAGUUAGACAUCAAGUGUUCCAGUCUCAGAGCUGAAAAGCAAGAUGAUGACUAUUUACAGAAUGCGUCUGCCAUACUAGACAAGUUGAAAAGCUAUUACAGGCAAGGAGGGGAGAGUAGCAACCUUUCCAAGGUGCUUCAGGAUUACACACAGGUGAUCCUAGACAUUACAUUUUAUGAAGAGAAUAAACUGGUGGACCAGGAGUUCCCUGAGGACUGUUCACCAUUUAAAAUCCAGCAGCUCCUGCAAGACCUGACCGAGCCAGAAGUUUUGGCUGGGAGGCUAGCACCAGCACAAGAAGUGCAGUCUGUUUUGGGUCUAGAGCUGUUGGAAUGCCUCUAUUGGAGACGUGGAGCUCUGCUGUACAUGUACUGCCACACCCUUCAUCAACGAAAACAGUGGAUUAAGAAAAACAAGGACACAUUCCUUAAGUGUAUUCAGGAGGGGGUGCGCUACCUAAUGCGGAUGCUGCAGGUGAGAAACUCUGUGAAGCUCAACGAUGGGGUGGUGCUUCAUGACACUGCUACAGCAAGCUUCUUAUCUGAAGGUAUCUUCUCAGACACACACCUGUUGACAAUGAUGUACAUCGGGGAAAUGUGUUUCUGGGCAGUCAAGUAUGAGGACUGCAGCGCUGACACUAUGGAUCGCAAAGAAGAUCGCCUUCAGUUUCGGGACAUUGGCACACAGAUCCUCAACAAAUACGUGCUUGCAUGUGAGGGCCCUCUGCAGGGCCAGGGCUGGAACACAGAGAAUGCCAAGGAAAUCCUUAGUAUUUUACAGUGAACCAAGCUGUCCCUGUGUUGAAGAUGCCCUCCGGCACAGAUCUAAGUUCAGUAUUCAAAUGUGUGUCAACCCCAAUAAAAAUGGAAUCCA